AUGCCAUUGCAAAGAAUGGACAAGAAUGCGCUGCACAUCCCGAAGAACAUCAAGCUAUCAGAUCCAGAGUUUGGAACCCCCGGAGAGGUCGACAUUCUGCUGGGAGGCGGAAUAGUUUGGGAACUGCUCUGUGUGGAACAGAUACGAUUGGGCCGCAAUUUGCCAACCUUGAAGAAGACGAAACUUGGUUGGAUCGUGGCAGGAAACAUGAUGAUGUCGGACGGACAUAAGCAUCAAACCCGCGCAACAUUGUGCGCAAUCGCUGGUGAACCAGAUUUAAAUCAUCAAUUGGAGCGUUUUUGGCUCAUAGAGGAGAGCACACUGCAGCGGGAUGCACUGCAGCGGGAUGCCGGGAAGGAGACGAUGUGCGAGGAAGAAUUUAGAAACACACAUAAGCGAACGCCGGACGGGCGAUUCGUGGUACGUCUGCCUUUUCGGGAGGAUCCUAGUUGCUUGGGAGAAUCACGAAGAGCGGCGCUGAAGCGUUUACAGUCAGUCCAUCGAAGACUGGAUCGUGAUGCAAUCCUAAAGAGGCAAUACAUUGAAGUAAUGGAAGAUUACUUAAGGUCGGGACAUAUGACUCAAAUUGACGAGAAGAUAUCGGCAUCAGAGGAACCAGUGUAUUACUUGCCUCACCAUGCAGUCGUUAAAGAGGAAAGAAAGACGACAAGGCUCAGAGUAGUCUUUGACGCGUCGUGCAGAUCAUCAUCUGGCAAGUCACUCAACGAUGUAUUGAGAGUAGGACCAACUAUUCAACCAGAAUUAUUUGAGGUGGUUCUACGUUUCCGAGCAUCGAUACGUACUGACGGGGGACAUCGAGCGAAUGCAGAUUCGACAUCACCGGUGGAGGCAUUCGUAUUAAACACGGUAACAUUUGGCGUUGCGACAGCUCCAUUUCUGGCCGUAAGGUGUCUGCAUCAAUUAGCGUGCGAGUGUCAAUCGGAAAGUCCAAGGACAAGUGAAGUCAUAUUAAAAGAUUUUUACAUGGACGACCUAAUUACCGGGACGGAUGAUGCAGAAGAACUGAAGAAAAUAAAAAAUGAAGUUAGUCGGAUACUCGCUGCAGGUGGAUUUCCAAUGCAUAAAUGGAAAUCAAAUUUGCCUGAACUGGUCGAGGACCGGGGUGAGUCAGAAGAAAAGGUCAAGACUCUAGGAUUAUUCUGGCGUGUUGAAGAGGACUCACUUACAUACAGAGUCAAGGAACCUCCAUCAGAAAUUCGCAUCACGAAGAGAACAAUUCUCUCCAUCAUAUCACAAAUUUACGAUCCGUUGGGUUUGAUUAACCCGGUGAUUGUUCAAGCAAAGAUUCUGAUGCAACAAAUAUGGCAAUGCAAGUUAAUCUGUGCAAAGUCGCGUGUAGCGCCAAUUAAGAAAAUCAGUUUACCACGGUUAGAAUUAUGUGGAGCGUUGCUGUUGAGCAGAUUGAUGGAGAAGGUAGUUAAUGCACUCACAUGGCAAGUAGAAGAGAAACAUUACUGGUGCGAUUCGACAGUGACUUUAGCCUGGAUCAACUCGACAGUGACUUUAGCCUGGAUCAAAGGAGAACCGUCUAGAUCGAAAACCUUCGUGGCCCAUAGGGUCACUGAAAUACAGAAAACCUCUACCGAAAUACAAUGGCAUCAUAUUAGAUCUGAAGAGAAUCCGGCUGAUAUGUUAUCUAGGGGAGUCGAACCGGAGAAGUUAAAUUUUAAAAGUCAGUGGUGGAAAGGCCCAGAGUGGCUAGAAAAUGAGACCGUUUAUUAUCCGCUAGAGUCAUCAUGGUUAUCGGAGAUACCAGAAGGAAGAGUGAUGUCUACGACGGUCAACGUGGAGCCCGGGUUGAGUAUUCUCACACAAUUGUCGGAAGGUCACAGACCGGUUGACGAGUUGGUGGUUGACGAGUUGGUUAUCGGUCAAGGAAUUAGAGGAAGCAUUGAACAUCAUAUUGAAGCAGCAUCAAAAACAGCUUUUUGCAAGAGAAAUAGUCGAUCUGCAAUCGAGGCGCCUUUUGCAAGAGAAAUAGUCGAUCUGCAAUCGAGGCGCCCAAUCUCAAGAAAAAGUCGAUUAUUAGCGCUCAAUCCGUUUAUGGAUGAUACGGGAUUAUUGCGUGUAGGCGGACGCUUGAAAAACGCUCCAGUGUCAUAUUCUCGAAAAUUUCCCGUGGUGUUGGCGACUCGGGAUCAACUAACCGAUUUGAUCAUAAGAGAUAAUCAUUUGAGAAGUUUGCACGCGGGCCCCGAAGCCCUUUUAAGCAUAAUCAAAGAACAAUAUUGGAUUAUAUCCGGUAGAUCAGCUGUGCGGAGAGGCCUGCGCAGGUGCAUCGUAUGUUAUAGAUUUAAUUGUAAGACGCCGAAAGAAAUAAUGGGAAACUUACCGGUUCACAGAGUGAGCCCGGGUAGAGCAUUCUUAAAUGUAGGUGUAGAUUUCGGUGGGCCAUUUAACAUUAAGAUAUCGCGUAAUAAAUCAGCCAAGGCAUAUAUUUGUCUGUUCGUGUGUUUUGCAACUCGCGCCAUUCAUUUGGAAUUGGUUAGUGAUCUAAGUACGGCGGCAUUUCUCAACUCGUUAAGACGUUUCAUUGCAAGACGCGGCAAAUGUUUGAAUAUUUAUUCGGAUAAUGGAACGAAUUUUGUAGGAGCGAAUAAUGCGUUACGGGGAUUGAGAGAGUUGCUGAUGAAUCAAAAUCAUCAAAAACAAGUAGAUACAUUCGCGACAGAACAGUCAAUUCAAUGGCAUUUUUUACCGCCUUACGCUCUCCAUAUGGGAGGCUUGUGGGAGGCGGGUAUAAAAUCCGCUAAGACACGUUUGCAAAAGGUGUUGGGAGAGGCGCUCCUUACAUUCGAGGAAUUCUACACGCUUUUGACAGAAAUCGAAGCAUGUUUGAAUUCUAGGCCGAUAACUCCCAUGUCAAAUGAUCCUUCAGAUCUCGCGGUUUUGACCCCCGGACAUUUUUUGAUCGGGGAAUCGUUAAACGCGAUUCUGCAGAUUGAGCUGACGGAAGUACCAACGAAUAGAUUGACCCGCUAUCAAUUACUUAUUAAAUUGCAUCAACAUUUUUGGACUCGUUGGAGCCAAGAAUAUUUAUCGCAAUUACAAUCAAGGUCUAAGUGGAGGAGUGCUACCUCUGAUCAGGAAAGGAUAAAACCUAACGAUUUGGUGAUUUUGAAGGAAAAUCAGCCACCUCUUAAAUGGAAACUAGGGCGUAUUUUAGAAGUGCAUCCCGACAAGGAAGGCCAUGUUCGAAUUGUAAUUGUAAAAACGGAGAAUGGUAUUGUAAAAAGUUAUCAAAAAUUUGUGUCCUUCCUAAAUCGGAUUAGUAAUAAAAUAGCGCUGUACAAGGAUAUCGGACACAUCACAUUUUAG